AUGCCUGACUCUGACAGAACAGUUAAGAUUGGCAUUGAUACUAGCCCGUCUGCAUUUUUUCACACCGUACAUCACACCCACGUUGUGGUGAAAAUUGUGCUCACCCAGCGCUUUGGUAGAGAAGCUUGCAAGGCAGGACCCUUUCAAGAGAUGAUUGCUGGUUAUAUUGCUAGCUGGUUGAAUUCUUUAUUUCUUAUUGGUCACAAACGGAAGCUUGAAGAAGAUGACAUGUAUAAAGUGCUGCCAGAAGACAGCUCAGAGAGGCUUGGAGAAGAGCUCCAGCGGUACUGGGAUGAAGAAUUACAAAAAGCACAGAAGGAAGGCCGAGCCCCACGCUUAACCAAAGCAAUUAUACGUUGCCACUGGAAAUCUUACUCCGUUUUAGGAUUUUUUACUUUCAUUGAGGAAAGUGUCAAAGUGAUUCAGCCAAUUUUCCUUGGUAAUGUUGUGGGUUAUAUUGAAAUGGACAAUCCCAGUGAUGCCGCCCUGGCUAAUGCUUAUAUAAAUGCUGCAGCCUUGUCUGUAUGUACCUUGCUCUUGGCAGUCUUUCAUCAUAUUUAUUUCUAUCAUGUGCUUCGUGCUGGCAUGAAACUCCGUGUGGCAAUGUGUCAUAUGAUCUAUAAAAAGGCCCUUCGUCUCAGUAAUACAGCCAUGGGAAAAACAACUACUGGGCAAAUUGUUAAUCUCUUAUCAAAUGAUGUCAAUAAGUUUGAUCAGGUAACCAUCUUCUUGCACUUUUUAUGGGCUGGACCCCUGCAGGCUAUUGCAGUUACAAUUCUUCUCUGGUUAGAGAUUGGGCCCUCCUGUCUCGCUGGAAUGUCAGUACUUUUUAUUCUGAUGCCUCUACAAACGUGUCUUGGAAAAUUCUUUACUUCAUUAAGGGGCAAGACGGCAGCCUUUACAGACACCAGAAUCCGAACUAUGAAUGAAGUAAUAUCUGGAAUGAGAAUCAUUAAGAUGUAUGCUUGGGAACAGCCAUUUACAGAACUUGUCAAUCAAAUUAGGAAGAAGGAGAUUGCCAAAGUCCUUCUAAGCUCUUAUCUACGUGGAAUCAACCUGGCCUCUUUCUUUGUUGCAAGCAAAAUCAUUGUGUUUGUAACUUUCACCACGUAUGUUCUGCUUGGCAAUGUUAUCUCAGCCAGUCGAGUGUUUGUUGCAGUGUCCCUUUAUAGUGCAGUGAGACUCACUGUCACUCUCUUCUUCCCCUCAGCUAUUGAGAGGGUAUCUGAGGCCAAAGUCAGCAUAAGGAGGAUUAAGAACUUUUUGUUGCUUGAUGAGAUUUCAAAUCCAGCUGUAUAUCAGCCAGAGGAAAAAGAGGAAAGCCUGCUGGUACAAAUUCAGGAUCUGACAUGUUACUGGGACAAGACCUUGGACGUGCCAACUCUUCAGAAUAUCUCAUACAGUGUGAGACCUGGGGAAUUACUGGCUGUAAUCGGACCUGUUGGAGCAGGGAAAUCUUCUCUUCUGAGUGCAGUUCUGGGUGAACUGCCAAAAGAUAAAGGCUUUGUGGACGUCAGAGGAAGAAUUGCCUAUGUCUCCCAGCAGCCCUGGGUGUUUUCAGGCACUGUCAGAAGUAACAUAUUAUUUGGAAAAGAAUACAUUCAAGAGAAAUAUGAAAGAGUCCUGAGGGCGUGCGCACUGAAAAGGGACUUGCUGCAGUUCGAUGAUGGUGACCUCACUAUGAUUGGAGAUCGUGGUGUUACACUGAGUGGAGGACAGAAAGCACGUGUUAACCUAGCCAGGGCAGUCUAUCAAGAUGCUGACAUUUAUCUGUUGGAUGAUCCCCUGAGUGCUGUCGAUGCUGAGGUUGGGAGGCAUUUGUUUGACAAGUGCAUCUGCCAGGCUCUGCGUAAGAAGCUGUGCAUCUUGGUGACCCACCAGCUUCAGUACCUAAGUGCCGCCAAACAAAUUCUCAUCCUUAAAGAGGGCCAAAUGGUAGGAAAGGGAACAUUUUCAGAGCUGCUGCAGUCAGGUGUUGAUUUUGCAUCCCUCCUGAAAAGUGAUGAAGAAGAGCAGUCUCAAAAUGCAGAGGGACAACUGGUAAAGCACUCCCGAAAUCGUACUUUCUCUCAAUCUUCGGUGUGGUCUCAGGAAUCCUCUGCACAGUCACAGAAAGAGGGAACAGCAGACACUUUGCCUACUGAACCUGUGCUGACUGCAAUCCCGGAGGAAAGCCGAUCAGAGGGAACUGUUGGCUUCAAGGUGUACAAGAAAUACUUCCUGGCUGGGUCCAGUUAUCUGAUGAUUUUUAUUCUUUUAUUUCUAAACAUUCUAGCACAGGUUGCCUAUGUUUUGCAAGACUGGUGGCUGUCUUAUUGGGCAUCAGAACAGGAGAAGUUGAAUAUCACUGAUGGCGCUAACGUAACAGAAACCAAGAAGUUAGAUAACAACUUGUAUCUGGGAGUCUAUGCAGGUUUAACCGUGGCUACCAUCAUAUUUGGGCUUCUACGUAGUGUACUAGUGUUUCAGGUCCUUGUUUCUGCUGCUCAGGCUUUACACAACCAAAUGUUCCAGUCGCUCCUGCGUAGUCCGCUCUUGUGUCUGAAAAACAACCCUCUGGGACGGAUUCUGAACCGAUUCUCCAAAGAUAUUGGACAUCUAGAUGACUUGCUGCCUUUUACAUUUUUGGACUUCUUGCAGGUGUUUCUCCAGAUUUUAGGUGUGAUUGCUGUUGCCGUCGCGGUCAUUCCUUGGAUAUUAAUUCCCUUGUUUCCUCUUGUGCUUAUAUUUUACUUCUUGAGAAAGUAUUUCCUGGAAACGUCACGUGAUAUCAAACGACUCGAGUCAACAACUCGAAGUCCAGUGUUUUCCCAUCUGUCAUCUUCCCUCCAGGGACUUUGGACCAUUAGGGCAUUUAAAGCAGAGGAGCGAUUUCAAAAUUAUUUUGAUGCACAGCAAGAUCUUCAUUCUGAGGCCUGGUUUUUAUUCCUGACGACAUCCCGUUGGCUUGCAGUACGUCUGGAUGCCAUAUGCGCCUUGUUUGUUAUAGCCAUUGCCUUUGGUUCACUCAUUCUAUCAAAGACUCUUAAUGCAGGACAGGUUGGUUUGGCACUGUCUUAUGCCAUUACAAUUAUGGGAUCUUUCCAGUGGGGUGUAAGGCAAAGUGCUGAAGUUGAAAAUCUGAUGAUCUCAGUGGAACGAGUCAUGGAAUAUACACAGCUGGAAAAGGAAGCGGAGUGGGAGUCUAAAAGACGUCCACCAUUUGACUGGCCAAGCAAGGGUAUGAUAGCAUUUGAAAAUGUCAACUUCGCCUACAGCCUGGAUGGACCGUUGGUUCUGAGGCAUUUAACUGCCCUAAUCCGAGCAAAGGAAAAGGUUGGAAUAGUUGGAAGAACAGGAGCUGGAAAGAGUUCCCUUAUCUCUGCUCUUUUCCGUCUUGCUGAACCUGAAGGAAAAAUUUGGAUUGAUAAAAUUUUAACGUCUGAAAUUGGCUUGCAUGAUUUGCGUAAAAAGAUGUCCAUUAUACCCCAGGAGCCUGUGUUAUUCACUGGGACAAUGAGGAAAAACCUUGAUCCUUUUGAUGAGCAUACUGAUGAGGAGCUGUGGGAUGUUUUAGAAGAGGUGCAGCUAAAGGAAGUCAUUGAAGAAUUACCUGGUAAAAUAGAGACUCAGUUGGCUGAAUCUGGGUCCAACUUCAGUGUAGGACAGAGGCAACUUGUUUGUCUUGCUCGGGCAAUUUUAAGGAAGAAUCGGAUAUUAAUUAUUGAUGAAGCAACAGCAAAUGUUGACCCUAGAACAGAUGAACUGAUUCAGAAGACAAUUCGGGAAAAGUUUGCUGACUGCACAGUACUGACAAUUGCACACAGGCUGAACACCAUCAUUGACAGUGAUAAAAUUAUGGUGCUUGAUUCAGGAAGAGUUAAAGAAUUUGAUGAACCUUACAACUUGCUACAAAAUAAAGAAAGCCUCUUCUACAAAAUGGUGCAACAAGUUGGAAGGACAGAAGCCUCUGCUCUUACAGAAAUAGCCAAACAGGUGUCUUUGAACCGAAUCCAGGAAGCCAACAAGAAAAUUACUUCCAGGGAUCCAUCUGAACCAUUUAUUAUUUUUGAAACUGCUCUUUGACAAAAUUUGUUUUGUUUUCUUAAAAAAGUGCCUUCAC